ACGCCCCACACAGAGAACCUCCUUUUCUCAUGGAAAUAAAGUGUCUGCCUCUCAUUCACACAUGAGUUUCUGUAAUGCAAAGAAGUCGAGCACGCAGGGAGACUCGACAUCACUGAGAGAAGUUACCAGCGAGGAGCACGCGGGACCAGAGUCUUGGAGAGCCACCCUGGAGAAGCGGACGCGCAGUCGCUGAACGAGGCAUUUGUUGAGUCAGAUUGAUGCGGUUUUGCUGAUAGUUGACCAUGCUGGCCUCUGCACGGUGCGCGGUUGUGCUGGGGCUGCUGUGCGCUGCGCUCUCCGCGGGCGCGUCGCUGUGUCCCGCCGGCUGCGAGUGCUCAGAAGCCGCGCUCACGGUCAAAUGCGUCUCCAAAGAUCUGCGGGACAUACCGAGCGGCAUCCCGAGCUACACCAGAAACCUCUUCAUCACCGGAAACCACAUCAGCCAGAUCGGACCCGAGUCUUUCCAGGGACUGGAGAACUUGACCACUUUGUCACUGUCUAACAACAGGAUCUCUGAGGUGAAGUCUCGCACAUUUUCUAGCCUGCGGAGCCUCAGAUCGCUGGACCUCAGCAACAACCAGCUGGCCGUCAUCCAUCCUGAGGCGUUCACCGUCCAGAGCCGUAUGCUGAGGGAGCUCAACCUCAGUCGGGCUCUUUACAACCACUCGUCCGUCAUUUUUUUAGCCACCUCUCUCCGCUGGAGCAGCCUGGAAGACCUGCUGGGACUGGACCUGUCCAGUAAUGGCCUUGUCUACUUGCCCCCAGGUAUCUUUUGCCAUCUUGUCGGCCUGCGGCGCCUUCAGCUUGGCAACAACUCUAUAGUGUCCAUCCAUAACGGGACGUUCACAGGACUGGAUCACCUCCAGGAACUCGACCUCACACACAACGCCCUCAGGACACUGCGUGAAGAGGCUCUAAAAGAGCUGGAGCAGAUGCGUUUGGUGAGGCUCCACCUGGCGGAGAAUCCUUACACCUGCACAUGCGACAUCGAGCCUUUCGCCGCCUGGGUGAACGGCUCACAGGCGCAAGUGGUGGACGUCGAGCGCCUGACUUGCGCAUUCCCAGUCGCCUUGCAGAACACGUCGCUACUGACAGUGGGCGAACUGGAGUUGGGUUGCCAUAAGGCGGGAGAAAGUGACAAUCUCGCACUGCAGACCUCCUACGUGUUCCUGGGUCUCGUGCUGGGAUUUGUCGGUCUCAUGUUUCUCUUUGUGCUUUACCUGAACCGUAAAGGUAUUAAGAAGCGCAUCUAUGACAUGCGCGAUGCAUGCCGAGAAGUCUGGGAAGGGUACCACUACCGAUACGAGAUCGACUCUGAUCCCAGACUGUCGCAAGUCUCUUCAACAGCUGAUGUGUGAGCUCUUCCCAAACUGAGCUCCUUAUAUGAACUAGUUUUCUAUUGCAUUUAUACUUGGAAAACGUCCAUUUGUGUGGCGAACAGUGUUGGGGGUAACACGAGUUACGUAAUCAGAUUACUUUUUCAAGUAAUGCAUUACUUUUAAAUUUACAAUGAAAUAUCUGAGUUACUGAAUGCAAGUUACUUUGUUUUCACUGACAGUUCUCCUGCCCCUAUGUUGAGAGAAAUCGGGAGUAAGUGCAAAGGCACUUUCUUCAGCCUGAGGCUUAUUAAUGUCACUUUUAGUGUGAAAGGGCCCUUACAUUUGGCAAAAUGUAUCUUUGGGGUUUUUUGUCAUUAAAAAAACAAAUAAGCACGCCCAGCCCAGAUGAUGCAAAAGUAACGUAAUGCAUUACUUUCCAUAAAAAGUAACUAAGUAAUGCAGUUAGUUACUUUUUAUGGAGUAAUGCGAUACUGUAAUGCAUUACUUUUAAAAGUAACUUUCCCCAACUGGUGGCGAACAUGUAGAUAUAUUUAAGUAGGCAUAUUUCUUGUGAAAAGCAUGUACUGCCUGUCUCAUUGAAGCCUUUAUAACAAGCACACCUCCCCCUCAAGUCUGCACAGAAUUGGCCCUGAGAUGCAUUUGCUUCUCAGUCAUCAUGGGAUGUUUGUGGAUUAGCCCAAUAAAGGGGCAGAAGCCAUAAAGUAACUCUGACCACCACCAACAAACCCCCCACUACUCUCCAUUGUCCCGUACUGGAAUAUUGCCCACCUCUUUGGUGCUCAAGUGCCUUGUUCAUUGGAUUUAAAAGGCUGGCCAGCUUCAAAAAGGGACAAAUCUUAUAUAUAUACAUGUGUAAUAUGCGGUUGUGAAGUUUUGAGAACUGUUUUAUUGCAUGCUCGUGCAACCCUGUUUUUAUGGAAGUGAAUGCAGUUUUUGCGCCGGACCCCGAGCAACCGUAUUAGCAGCCUUCUAUGGUCCUUUCUGUCCCUCUAUCCACAGGGAGUCUGCGAAGAAUGUGCCGGAUUUUCUCUCCAAAAGCAUUCCAGCAGGAGGAUAACCUCCUCUAAGCUCUAGAAGGAGGAUCUUUUGAAGAAAGAAACCCAGUUUGCAGAAAUCUCCGGCUGCUUUUUUUUCGCUCAAAAGAGACGUUUUGCUUUGUUUUUAUUCCACUCAUUUUUAUUGUCAGAAUGAUGAGAACCAGCCCUUACGAGGGCCGCUGAGCGAGACCCCUCCUCCGUCAAGCCUGUUCGCUCUUUGAAGACUCAGUCUGGCUCAGUUCCUCAUAUGUUCCCCAGCUUUUUCUGUUUAAGGGACUUUACGGUGAUAAGAUACAGAUGAAGCUGGGGCCGUUGUGCUGAACGGUCCCCUGCUCUGUUUCUGAGUACUGUUUCCAAAUGUGCAAGACUGAAAAGAAAUAUGCUUGAUGUGUUGUGCCAAUGUGCUGGACUUCACUUAACUGUCUGGAUAACAUGA